AGAAAGUGGACCAAAAUUUAUCGCCGGGCAAAAAUGGUGGCACAAGCAGCGACAGCAGUCUCCUGCCUUCCUGUCCACAGCUUCUCCUACGUUUCUUUGAAUUCGUCUCGGUCCAAAAAAUCUUCAUCCGUAAAGCUCCCAACACUCCAUCUCAAACAGGCAAACCUCAACGCAGACACUUCGCUUCAGUGUCUCCCCAGUUUGCGCAGAGUACAGACCAGAGCUACCCUGGACGAAAGGGACCCAAUUGCCUCAGACCCUCCUGCGGUCGAAGAAAAGCUGGCCAACAGAGAAGUUGAGCAGAGUGUUAAAGUGUUAAAAAAUGCUGCAAAAACGAGAAAAGUACCAGCAGAGGAGGUUCUGUCAGCCAUGUCUGUAAUUGAGGAGGCCAAACUUGACCCAUCUGGGUUUCUGCAAACUCUGGGUGGAACAGAAUCCCCUGGUAGAACUUGGAUGCUCAUUUUCACUGCUGAGAAGAAAUUAAAGGGUGGCCGCUACUUUCCUCUCACAGCUGUUCAGAGGUUUGAUGCUGCUGUAAGCUCUUUGAUCUCUUGUAUUGUUUCUGUUGUGGAUGUGAUUGUAAUCUGAGUUUCUGCUACUAAAAACAAGAAUAAAAAGAAAAGGUAGAGGAUGAUUGGAAAAUGAAGGCAUGUUUGGGUUGCUUUAGCUGCAAUGGCAGAUAGAAUAUGGGGUACUUAAAAUAAUUAGAGAAUGCUUCUCCUUAGGUAAUCCUUCAUAUCUUCUUUUAUGAGUAUUCUGGACUUGAUACUCUUACUCUCUGCAGGCAUACAUUGACAAAAUUGCUUGAAGGUGCUGUUCAGUAUUUCAUGUUAGCCUUUACCAUGGUUAUGUUUACCAUGACGAAUUGAUUACUAUUCAAGAAAUUAAAUAUGAUUUCUUCCUUGACACUGAUUUGUAAGUAUAAAUUGAAAUUGGUAAUCUUGACUUCAUGUUCUCUAGUUAUUCGAAACCUAGUGCCUUACUCCUCUUGAAGCAGCUUUUCAGGCCUUGAAAGUGAUAAUGUUAGGUUGCACCAUUGCAGAUUCUAAAAAGGCUAUAAAACAUGCUUUCUUUCUCCCUUUUUAUUUCCACCAGUGUUCCUUGUCCAAGAGGAGCUUGCAUGCUUAGAAUAGCUAAAGUUACAUUAGUGUGUGGUAUGCUUUUUCUAUAAUGUGAUAAUCUCUAUGAGGAUAAACUUGCUUGUAUGUAACCUGUUCGAAAACUAAUAACAAAAUUUCUAUUUA